GUCAUAAUGCGCCCUGUGUUUUAUAAACAUAUUUUAUACUAGAUUUGUAAUGUUCUACAUUUUUAUAACAACGCUUCUAGUUCAACCUUUGAUUGUGACGGAGUGUUUGGCUCUCAAUGUUCGGACAACGUUAUUCACACCUGCAGAUCUAGCUAAGAAAAGGUGGAAUAAAAAAGAAGUGGCUCUUCUAAGAGCACGCAAGUACUUUCAGGGUAUGAUACCUCCAAUGGAGAUCUCGCAAAGCCCUGAUUAUAUAAGUUCUUUAAUCCGUUAUAUAGAAAACUGCAACGGUGCCGUGAACCAAGCGGCUUUCGAUGCGGAAACCGGGACAAUCCUAACGGUUGCCGCGUCCGAUGUUUUCGGGGGCUAUCUAAAAAUGGUCGCUUUACCAGUGACGAAGUUAGCUUACUACAACGGCGAUAUACCCACAAAAGAUGCCAUGAAGUUGUUUAAAUACUACGAAGAUAUUAAAGACCAGCUGCAUACGAAUGGUAAAGGGUGGUCGGAGCCGCUUAGGAACAUUCCUAAACCUCAAAACGUUCGCGGCGUUCGAUCAAACACGCCGAUGCCGAAAAUAAAGAAUCCGUGCGAACGGCUAUUGUACUUGAACAACAAUCAACAAAAUGUGACUAUGCCGAUGCCAUCCAUAGACUGGAGGACGCGUAUGAUGUUUGUACCGUUAACGAACCAUCGGAUAGUAGAUUUAAAGUCUCCGCUCAUCAGCUCAAUCCUGGAGCAGUUCCACCAGGUGGCCUCGGCUUGCGAAAGCUCCAUCACCCCCGACCGCAGGUACUUUCAAGGCUCAUUCGAAGAAUGGGUGAACCAGGCCGUAGUCCCACAUCUCAGCGAUGAUGACUUGUACACGGGUUUCAAAGGCAUUUUAUCAUUAAUAGAUGACAAUAAUCUAAUAGGCCCCGCUGAAUGUAAAAAACAGCAUAGGUCUUUUCUGAAUAUAUUCCAUAACAUAUCAAAGAAAACGAUAGUAAUAACAAUCAUAUUGAUUCUCGAAUUAAUAUGUUGUAUCCCGACUCUCCUGUAUUGCGUAAUGAAAAAGAAAAAGAAAUAUAAUGUAGAAACUAAGUCGGCCUCAUCGGGGCCUAAGCCAUCUGUUCAUAUACAUAAUAGAAAAAGUUAUAAUAACAAAACAGUUUUUUAUGAGCUCAGUUCACCUAGUUCAUCAUUCCAUAGUGAAACUAAGAUUACUUCGAGGGUGCAUUCUAGUAAUAACAAGAAGUUUAUGACGAACCAGAAUAACUCCGAAAUCUCUAAUGCUUCGGGUUCUCGGCGCUCAUAUUCCUCAAUACCUGACGCAUCCACCACGGCAGACGAAUCGCAUUUUAUAAGAAAAUCUUCCCAUCAAAAGAUUACAUCAUCAAGCAAACAAUCUCUCCGAUACAAGAUUACCGAAACUGAUGAAAUUGACGUUGCUCAAGGCCAAACUCAGGUGUCUAAAGCUUCGCUGCCUAGAAGUUCAAGCAGUACUGUAAAACAUACCGAUGAUACCGGUGAAACUAUUACUUUAUCAACAGUGCUUCCGCAGGAUAAGAGCACUUCCAAAGUAUUAAGAAAAUCAAAGCGCUUCAAACCACGACAUGUUGUACCAUCACGCAGCCCUGACACUUACAAUCGUCAUAAUUCCAUCAAGGCAAAGCAGGAA